AGUGGCAGAAACUAAAGGGAAUAUAUACUACAAUCUUCUCAAAUCAAUAUUCUCCCCAUUCUACUACAGAAGCCUUACUAGCCGCACGAUAUAUAUUUCCAAAAAGCGAAUGCAAAUCGACACCAUCACGUCAUCAAAAGGCCAUAUUUCGCCGUCUUACCAGUGACUCAUCCUGUAAAAGUCUAGAUAAAUGUACUGAUAGGUACACUAGCGGUAUUUAUCUACAGUCACACACUCAAACGAUGUAUAUACACCAUACCCCAUGAGUCAUCAACAAACACAUACAACCACCUGGAUCACGAGCCACGACCCAGAGAAGCCCUAACAAGUCAUCACUGGCAACCAUGUCCCAAAACAACCAAGACCAGGAUCGAGCCACCAUUCGAACAUCAUUGUCCUCGAAAACAUGGUUCGGGUUCGACCUCGAUGACACACUGCACGAGUUCCGCAAGGCAUCUGCCCAAGCAUCGUCUGCGGUCUUCACAGCGAUCUAUGAAGAAAGCCCGAAUGUCAAUAUCGACGAGCUCAAGUCAUCCUACCGGGACAUCCUCGUCUCAACGACAGCGGGUGCAUUCGCGGACGGGAGGACAUCAGCCGACUAUCGCAGAGAACGGUUCUCGCUUCUUCUUCAGGCACAUGGGCUGGAGGCGCAGCCGGAGAGGCUGGUCCGUCUCCUGGAAGUCUAUAAGAGUACUCUACGGGCAGCUCUGACGUUGAAACCGGGGGCACUGCAAUUACUCCAGCGGAUUAAGAGUCUCGGGAAGAAGGUCAUUGUGGUGACGGAGGGGCCACACGAUGCGCAGCAGUGGACUGUGGAGGAACUGGGGCUGGUACGGUACGUUGAUGUGCUGGUCACGACUAAUGAGGUUGGGCUGUCGAAGGUUGAUGGGCUGUUUCCUGCUGUCUUGGAAAGGUAUGGGGUCGUUGCAGAGGAUAUGGUGUAUGUUGGGGACAAUGAGAACCGGGAUGUUGUCCCGGCCCGCGCUGCGGGUGUUUUGGCUUUGCUGUAUGAUGAGAAGGGUGGGUGUCGGUUGGAUGAUUGUGCUGCGCUUCGGGUUGACUCUCUAGGAAAGCUGGAGGAUCUGUUGGGCUAAUUGGUUUGCAAAAGGAGAGGGCUGAAAACGGUAUGUUUGUGUGUUGGUAGGCCGGUAGAGUCCCAGGGUACAAGUCUAGUCACCCGGAUUGGGCCAUACUCUUUAGUCUAUGGGUGUGGAGUCUAUAGAGGUGUCAUGGCCUGUCAUUCAAGCCGCGAUAUAGGUGACUGAGCUAUCAUAUCGACAGACCGUGCAUAUCCAGAUUGACGCCAUUGCCUAAGUGCUCAAUACUCAAGAAUUGUGGAUCCCUGAAGGGAGUGGUGAGGAUGAUCUCUUCCAAAUGCAAUAGGAACUCAAGGUAUGUUCUAUGUGGAAUUCAGGCUAGUCGUAGGUUGU